GCCUAAACCCGGAGACGAGAAUGUCCAGAAAGCCUAACAGACAAGUCGACUUUCGAGGUCAUGCCGAAGGUCAGCGGCAGCAGCACCCUUUCAAAAAUCAAGGCAACCGAACAGACAGUAUCGCUGGCUCAGAUGCUACAAAUGACAGUGAUCGCCAACGCCUUCAGAAUAAGGAGAUAUCUUUGUUAGACAAAGGUAUAACCAGAUUCCAAACAGCCUUCCGCGCUAACCAUGGACAGAUACAUUCCCCCCACCAACCACUCGCUAGCGCUACAAAGCUGAAGAGCAGUGAUUACCAGCCCCUCUUGUGCGCAGAGCGGACUGAUGUGAAUUCCACUCUACCUUGCGGGAGGCCAGCGCCACCACCUCAAGGUAUUGCGUGUGGCAAGCCGAAUAGGACUAAACAGGAAUAUGGAAGUGGAUGGCCACAGAGCCAUCGUGGCAGACCAUGCAGACCAGAAUGGCUUGAACAGAUCUACAUCCCUCCAAAGCAGCAUCCAGCUGGAGCAUCUGCGUGGAAUAUAAUACCGAAGUAUGUGAGGCCCAGGCUGCCAUAUGGUAAGAAUGUUGGUGACAUUCUUCCAAGGCUUGGACUGAGGCAGACAGACGUAAUCAUUUGGCCCUGUGUUAACGCUGACAACGUUCGAAGCAGCGGCUAUGUAGGCUUCGCAAAAAAUUCUGAGUCAUUGGCAAUGGAAGCAGGCACCAUGCUCCUGAGGAUGGCGAAGUCCCACAAGGGAACAUUUCAAAUGAGAGAGCGCAUAAAAUUAUUUCUUCGUACAGUCGAUGGAUGCUGGAGGUUCAAGGGGUUGUUGGAUACAGAGAACUAUUUGAACAAAAAAUGUGAUCCUUCGAAUUAUCAGAAAAUUCCAGUAAGAUACCAGAAAACGGUGGGCCCAAACACAGCUGAUUUUCGUUGCAUUCCUCAAAGGGGUGAUGUCAUUAUUCAUGAGCCCUGGAAGGACCUCCAGCACACGGAUCGCGCUGAUAAAUGCUCAUCCCUCAGAUGGUUUUUGCCUACUCUGGAGAUCGACUUAAAUGAUGUAUUGGUUCGCUUUUGCGUGUGGAAAAAUUCCCCUCGAGAUACUAUGUAUGAUGGAUUUGUGGAAAUCUAUAUAUUCAACGGCAUAGGUUUGGGUUGGGUUUUCCUGGGUAGAGAUGAGACAACUAUCCAAUCUCUAGGUUUGCAGGUGGAUUCAGAUACAUCUGACGAUGACUAAGAACUACCACUAUCGGCCAGUUACAUCCCCCUGACAAUAAAUUACGUAUCUCUACAUCUACGCUAAAAAUGACUUUGAGCUUACGGAUUGGGCUCUGAUUUGAUGGUACACAUUAAGAAUCAGUGGCAUAGGCAGAACUGACCAUCCUAACUUAGAUAGAACGAGAGCAGGACCAGCUGCGCAAGAAGAAGGAAUGAGGUUUGUAACAUGAUUUUGCCGGAGCCCUGUACAGAGUGAGGGUUAAUACUCGGCAACGUACGGGGCUUAGAGGUGUAUAUUAUAUUAGUGAACGGCCCAGACGUUUGAGAAGUAAUAUAGCUAAUUUCUUCAGGUGUAUGAGUUUCCUUCUAGAGACACGUGUUUUAUUGGAAAAAAACAAUGAAAGACCUCUGAAGUC